AUGUUAUCACUUUUUUCAUUCCUGGGCAGGCUUCGCCAGAGCAUCAGCGGAGUCGAUGAACCGCCACGACCCCAGCCAGAUGAGAGUGUCGAUGAACCGCCGCGCCUCACAGCAGAUGGGCUGAUUCGACCGCAAACUAUCGACUCCGAAUCCUCAGUUCCGGACGCCCGGCCCCAUUCACCUUCGACCGUCGUUCUAGUAACGUUGAAUGCCCCAGAAGUUUCUUCGUACCCGCCGCCCGUCGAUUCCAUCCCAACUACCGACCCCGAAUCCUCAGGACAAGACGUCUCCUGGUCGCCUUCACCUUCCAUUCUCGCUUUUCCAACGCCAAAUGCUUCAGUAAUCUCUUUAGCGGCACCGUCCGUCCCUUCCGGAUCCGUCGCCAUUAAUCCUCGAGACUGGCCGGAGGUGUUCGUCGAUGCAUCCGGCAGCGGCAUCGGUAUCAUCUUGAACAAGCGAUGGCUUGCGUGGACCUUCACCCCGAACCACCCCCUAAUCCCUUUAGGACGCAACAACAGCGUUGUCUCGUCCUGGUCGGAGCUCAUAGCUGUAGAGCUUGGGUUGUUGACCAUCCUUGCUGCCGGGUACAGGGAUAUAACGAUCAAGCUCAAGUCAGACAACAGGGGUGUGAUCAAGGCAAUCGCGAAGAAGCGCUGGAGCCCAAGGCAUGAGUUAGACGUUAUCCUGCAGCGGAUCCUCUCUCUUUCUGAGGACAAUGGGCUCACGUUGAAGGUGGGCUGGAUUUUGGGACUGAGGAACCCAGCAGACAAACCCUCACGAGGUAAAUACCCACCGCGUGAAAUGAUGCUGGAUUGUUGUCCCGAUGUUCCUCAUUACUUGGAUGGUAUGAUACAGCCAGUCGAUCCAUCUAGCCUACGGAAUUGA